AUGAACGGUGGACUUAAAUCCGCCACUGAUCAUAUAUACCGAACAGUUCGCGUCAUUGCUCAAGUACGCCAGCUCUAUCGAGAAUGGUUUGAAGAAACUUUGAAGACAGUAAAAGCGAUAGAUGAACCGGUAGUUGUGGACUACUUGUAUUAUUACUAUAAAAUGAGUAGGUCAUGUGUUGGUAAGGAGGAUGGAGGAUCUCAUGGAAAUGUUGUUCUGGGUUGUCAUGAUGCUGAAAUUGCGCAACUCACGAAGAUCACGUCAAGCCCGCAUGAGCAGCUGAGCAAGCUAGUUCCCGGUAAGGCGAGAUUGCCUGUUUCACGAUGGUUCUCUAUUUGUGGCAGGAUUUCAGGAAAGUCAUAUAGAAUAUAUAAUGUUGAUCAUGGAUGGAAAGUUCAGAAGGACAUUCGGGCAAGAAGCUUGCGAUGGACGAUUACUGAUACAUCCCUUUCACCAGAUUGCCGUUUACUUGGGCAGGGAUCGUAA